AGACAUACCUGUAAGGCAACUGUUUAGACUCUUGGAAAUAAAGGCACGAUAAGCCAAUAACCUAGUGUGAGCUGUGAGCCAAUGGGAGUGUGAGAACUUGGGUCACUGUCACUGUGUAUGUAUCCAGCAAAGAGCUGUGUGUGGUGAUAGAAACAUGUGCUGCUAAGCGGUGUCAGGAAGAUGGAUACGCUAGAGGCGGUGCUGGAUGAGGUGUCUUUGGAAGGUCUGGAUGGGAUCACGGUGCCGGCUCUAUGGCUGCGGCUGGAGGCUCGGGUCCCGCACUUCCCGCUCCUCCUGGAUGCGGCCACCAAGCAGCUAGUGUGGCGGUCGCUGGUGUCUCACUCCGGACUGGACUUCUACGAGCUCCCCAGUGACAGACGGCCCUUACCGGUCAAUAACAGAUAUGAUGGGCAGGAUUGUGAUCCAGGUGUUCUUAAAGCUAAAGAAGAAUCAUGCUUCGAAGACAUAUAUCCGGUUUACAUUAUAACUGAUAAUAAAAAUGGCAUUCAGGGCUCAUGCCAGUAUUUUAAAGAGCGCGUUUCAGUAACAGAGCUCAUACGGACACAGUCUAUCACAUGUGAAGAAGCUAUUGCUAAGUGGGGAGAAAAACUUGUAAUUGUUGCAUGUCAGGCCUUGCGUUCUCGGGCUUUAUUUGGAUGGGAAGUUGAUCCCUCGUUAGAGAUACCAGACUGUUCGUACUGUAUUUUGGAAAAAGUUGGGAGAUCACGGUGGCAAGGAGAAAUUCAGAAAGACCUGCAGGGUGUAUUCAAAGUGGAUGCUGGGAAAAUCCAUUAUCUUCGACGUGUGCUUGACAGAAAUGGGCUUAUCACAAUGCAGACCCAUUUAAUAAAGCUACAGAAUGGAGCUCAGCAGCGUUCAUUACUUUUGCUUUUGAAACGUUUUCACGUUGAUAGGAGAAAUAAGUAUGACAUGCUUACUGAGAAGGUUUCUUCCAUGCUAAGUGGAUGUGAAAAUCAGCUGGAAACUUUGGUGAACCUUCGUGAAGAUUUGGGGCUACCUGAAAGACUUUUUAAAAGACUUUAUCAUUAUAUGGCAAAUGCUGGAUAUGUGAAGAUAAUUUCAUUACCAUUACAUGAGAUUCAACCUGAUGCAGAACACUGCAGGACUAAGAAAGGCACAGAUAUAAUGGUUCGAUGUAUGAAGCUGAUCAAAGAAUAUAAAAGAAAGGAGGAAGAGGAUGAGGAUGAAGAUGAUGAGGAUAUGAAAGCUCCAUCCCUUCCAGUAGAUAUCAUUUAUGAAAAGGAUAUGUUGACACAAACCUAUGAGCUCAUUGAAAAUCGGGGAACAAAAGGUAUAUCUCAAAGAGAGAUAAAAAUAGCAAUGAAUGUGGGGAAGUUGGAAGCCCGCAUGCUGUGCCGUUUAUUAGAGAAAUGCAUGCUUGUUAAGGGUUUCAUGGAAGAUGAAGGGCGCCAACGGACAACUAAAUUUAUUUCUCAUGUUUUUGUUGAGGAAAGUGACUUACGCAGACAGUUUUUGGAGGAAAAAGCAAAAAGCGAGAAGUUAUCAAUGUUUAAUUUUGCACUUCCACAAAAUGUGGGGGAUGACAAAACCGUGUCUUCUGAAAAUAAUCCACCAAAAGAAACAAUGAUCUCUGAUGGUGACCCCGAAGAAUUGCAAAGCAGCAGCUUGCCCAAAACAGCAGAAACAUGUAUUUUUCUGGAUAGUCAUACUGUCAACACAAGUACUCCACUGCCUACAUCAAAAGGACGAUCCCGUCUUCACAAGAAACGAGCUUUGUCCAUAGAUGCUGAUAAAGUGUCUGUGUCAGAAAAUGACUGUAGUAUGGACAGUUUCCAUCUAGAAUCAAAUCUCUCCACAUUGUCUGGUGAUGAAGAUGAUGUUUCUGUGGUGGAAGAGAUCUUGGACAAGGAUCCUGCAGGAAAAAAAAGAAGCAAAUCCUCUAAGUCUGGAAUGUUGGAAAGAUCUCGUGAAACUUAUCGCCUGUUGAAGAGGAGAAACUUAAUAGUGGAGACAGUGAAGAACCUGCGAUUAGUGGAAAGCUUAUUCACCCUUCAGAAAAUGAUCGUGGAAGAGGAGAAGCAGGAAGGAGUUUCUACAAAAUGCUGCAAAAAAUCCAUAGUUAGACUGGUUCACAAACUUUCUCAGGAAGGACUUGUUAGGCUGUAUCGUACUGUCGUAGUUCAGGAUGGAAUCAGCAAAAAGGUGGAGUUUGUUGUCCAUCCAUCAAUUAACCCAACUGAUCCUUUGGUAAAAAGUGCCAUUGAACAAAUUCGUUUUCGCAUAUCCAAUUCUACAUCAGGGAAUCGAACACGCUCACCCCAUGGGACAGCUACACCUGGCAAGACGGAGGCUGAUGAUCAAAAUAAAGAAAAGCAAAAGGAAAAACGCAGCAGGACAUCACUCUUUAACAGUGAAAGCCUGGACAAUCCACUUAAACAAACUGAUGCGAUUGAUGUGAAACAGUUGAAGAAUUAUCAUCCUGUCAUAGUUCCUGGACUUGGAAGGUCUCUUGGAUAUCUUCCUAAAAUGCCACGCUUAAAAAUAACACACACAUUUCUUUGGUAUAUUGUUUAUGGUCACCCAUCACACAAAACCGAACAGCAGCAGAAGACAUGCGACAACAGUCCACCAUCUGAUAACACUGCUGAAAAAAGUGAGAAUGUCACUCCACUGGUUUGUCACUCUACAGAUAACAUCCCGAACACAGAGAGCAAUUUAUGUACAGAUGUUAGUGCUGAUCCAAGCAGUAAGGCUGGUAAUAUGGAAGAGUACUUAUCAGACCAUGGGACAGAGCAACACACAGAAACUGUCUAUGUAGAUGAAGUCUCAUGGAUUAGAUAUGUACCACCUGCCACUGUACACUGUGAAUAUGGAUCUGGCUGGGUUAUUGUUAGUGAUAUCCUGCUCUGUCUGCCCCUCUCCAUCUUCAUACAAAUAGUUCAAGUCAGCUACAAGGUUGAAAAUAUGGAGGAUUAUUUAGAUGAUCCAAUAAAAAAGCACACUUUAAUUAGAUAUCUGCCAAGAUCAAUGCGACAGCAGUUGCUGUACAAAAGGAGAUAUAUCUUCUCUGUAUUUCAAGGGCUUCAAAAAUUAAGUUGCAUGGGCCUUGUGCAUUUUAGCUGUACUGAAAAAUUUCAAGACAAAGAUCAGGUAUUUGUGUACGUGAAGAAAAAUGCAACCAUUGUAGAUACAACAGCUUGUGAACCACACUACAAUAUAGCUAAAGGGAGUCAUCCUUUCGAGAAAAGGCUUUAUGGUUUCGAAACACUUAAAGAUGUAGAGAAUUUUUGGUUUGAUCUGCAGUUUGUCUGUCUGAAUACACCUUUGGGUGUUGUUCGGUAUCCUCGGGGAAAAAAACCAAAUGCCCAGCCUCAGGAUGAAAGCCUCCUGGGGCAAGAUGUUGACCCAGAACAGGAAGACCGACAGCAACUGGAGAGAAAAUUUAACAUACUAGAGGGUGUUCCGGGCAGCAGAGAAGUGGUGGAUGACGGAUCGAUUCCUGGAGAUGGAUUAGGAGCUGGAGGCCUUGACUCAAGUUUUUACAGCCAUCUAAAGCGCAACUGGAUUUGGAUAAGCUAUAUUAUUAAUAAAACUAAAAGAACUAAAUCUGCGCAAGAUGGUUUUACAUUGAGACUUCAGACUUUCCUGACCAAGCAUACUUUGCCCCUUAGCUCAAGAGGUAGCCUAAAAAAUGUCUUUGGAGAUGUGACCGUGCCUGAGAAUGGAGAGAUUGUUCAGAUGGUGAAAGAAGCUACUGCACAUCAUAACAAACGAGUUUGUGGAGGCAAAAAUCAAAAGCGAAAAAGACAGAAAAAAGUAACUGAGAAAAAACAGAAAGCAAAGAAGAAAAGGAAGGAAACUAAGGAAGAGAUAAACAGAAGGAAUCGAUACCAUGAUGAGGCUGAUCAGAACGCUUUACAAAGAAUGACUCGACUGCGCGUUGCAUGGACUGCACAGGAGGAUGGUUUACUAAUGCUCUGCCGUAUAGCCAGCAACAUUCUGAAUACAAAGGUAAAAAGGCCUUUUGUUCCCUGGCAAGUUGUCCGAGAUAUCAUGCACUUUAGCCUGGAAGAGUCACUGGACAAAACAUCACACUCCAUUGGAAGAAGAGCACGUUACAUAAUGAAAAACCCACAGACUUACCUUAACUACAAAGUGUGUUUGGCGGAAGUAUAUCAGGACAAAGGCCUUGUUGAAGAAUUUAUGAAUCGGAAAUCAUGUUACGAGGAUCCUAAGGUUUGUGCUGCAGAGUUUAAAGAAUUUGUGGCUUGUCUCAAACAAAAGUUCAGCACAACACUGGGUGUUACAGUUUAUGAAAUCCCAGACAAUGUAGAGGACUUGUUUAACAGGUUUCGAGUUUUAGCUGUUGGGGAUAAAUACCAGGAGAGAAGAUUUGACAUUAUCACCAGUGUAGAUGACAUCCAGGUCCUAGUGCUGCAGAACCUUAUAUUGAGCACAUUGGCGCUUUCUGAUAUGCAAAUGAAUUCAUGUCGUUCAUUGCAAACCUUUCGGAUGUAUAGACAGUAUCGUGAUGACAUUCUAGUGAAGGCUUUUGUGGAAUUUCAAAGGAAAAGAUUGGUAAACCGCCGUCGCGGGAACCAGACAUCAGGGCCAAAGAAAAACCGCGCUUUACCUUUUGUGCCAAUGUCCUUCCAGCUAUCACAGACUUAUUACAGGCUUUUCACGUGGCGCUUUCCAUCUACAGUCUGUACAGAAUCAUUUGAGUUUCUGGAAAUGCUCAAGGCUAAUGGAAAAGCUGAUCAGCCAGAUGUCUUCUCAUUUGCUGAACAGACUAGUGAAGAUACAGCAGAUAUGGUGGUAUUCCCUUUGGAUGGACCUGGUGGCCAUUGUGCAACAAUUCUCUCUCUCUUACUUCUGGGAUUUAUAUCUGUUAAAGUGAAAAUCCCUGACCAGAUUGUAGUGGUGGACAGCACUUUGGUUGACAAUGAAGUCAUGAAGAGCCUUGUAAAAGAUGGACUAGAUGAUGAGUAUUUUGAUGACGAAGAUGCGGAUUAUAGCCUGGGCCACAAACAAAAAAUAGAAGUUAAUCCACGACAGGCGUCUCAUACAAACUAUCUGUUAAUGAGGGGUUGCUGUGCUCCGGGAAUUGUCAGCACAAGAAACCUGAACCCGAACGACAAUGUAGUUGUGAACUCUUGCCAUGUACGGGUAAAACUAAGGAAUACACCGCUAAGUGGGAGAUUGAAGGAUUCAGGGUCAUUCAGUGAUUUUGUUGAAGACAUGCCUACCCUUCCUCCUUAUUUCACGGAACUUCUACACAUCAAAGAACAGAGCAUGGAUGCAUUCAUAAGUCAGUGCAUGAAAUGCCAUGGAUACAGUUCGGAAGAUGUCUCUUGUGUAUUGGAAAUCCAGUCUGCUGUUGAAGCCAGUUCAUACUUCGGCAUAAAAAUGUCAGACCUUGGAGAAAGGUUUCUCCAAUAUGAAAAUAUACAAGAAGAAAGGACAAGGUCUCUACAUCAGUAUAUACAGGACCUUUUAACAUACAGACAAGUGCUACAAGUUGGAGGAACUUCUAUGAGACUGGUUGCUACAAAUCAUGCCGAUCCUUGGGUUCUACACUCAUACAGUCUGCAAAAACAAGAUAAAGCUCUUCCUCCUAAAGACACUGAUAGCUCUGAGUCUGGCCAGCCAGCCAGUGAGAGCCAGGCUGAAAGUGACAUAAGCCUUUAUGAGCCACCAAGUAAGAAAGCUCGAUUAGAGCUUUGUGACUCUGACAGCUCAACUCCUGUGGAACAGGCUGGGGUUCCUGCAAUGCCAAAGAGUACCGAUAGUGACCCCCUCACUCAGAAAAUGGAUUCAGGAGAAUCUGGCGGAAUGUUUCCUGAAGAGGAAUCUGAUUGUUGCUUUCUUGGAAGACCGUGGAGGAUUGUUAAUGGCAGCUUAAAUAAGCCUGUGUGCAAGGGGAUGCUGGAAGCUGUAUUGUACCAGAUAAUGACCAAGCCGGGGAUUACAGAGAAGAUCUUAAUACAACAUUACAAUGACGUCCUGCAGCCUGUCAUUAUAUUGGAGCUAUUGCAGGUACUUGAACAAUUAGGUUGUAUUAAAAAGUGCUACAUUGAAAAGCCUGCAAAAGUCACUCUCUUCUCACAGUGCAGGAUUCCACAAAUGAUUAAACAUUCCAAACUCUCAGAGGACUUAUCUACAUUUUACGAACCUACUAUUGACUGCACUGUGAGGCUUGGUGGGAUUUUUCCUUCUGAAGUUAACUGGAAUAAAUGGGUUUUGUAAAUGUAUCGGUAGUUUAUCUGCAGUGUCUGUAUUUAAUUUAGUAUAACUUAUCUUUCUAACUUUUAGUGUUCUUGUUCAAUUACUAUGAAUUUUACAUAUAUAUCUCAUUACAGUUGUUAAUGUUAUGUUUACCAGUAAAGAAUAUAUAUAGUCCCAUUAGCUUCAUUGUUAAUAAAGUAGUAUUUAAAUAAAAAAAAUAUUCUGCUGUAGGUUGCAAAGCAUGUUACUUAUGACCGCCUGGGUAUAAAUUUGAUAGCUUCUGUUUGGGUAUUGGGCUGUGUCCUGAAGUCUAGCAUACCUUGUGUAAGUGUCUGUAGCUGACAUUUGAAGCGUAUAUAGACAUAUAUCCUUCAGUCUUAAACAUUAGAAAAAAGACUAGCGGCAGGAUGUAAUGGAGUCUGAGAUCGCUGCACCUCCGGCGAUAGCAGAUGCCAUUAUAUCCCGCCGUAAAUGUGCACACAGACUUUGCAUCACUGCUUAACUUCAUAAGGCUCUUCCUAUGCCAUACUAAAUAUGGGCCAGUUUAAUGAAAGACAACAUAAUAGGUUAUUUAGGGAUGUUUUUCCAUUGUUUCUCGUACUGUCAUUGAAGUUAUAAAAUGUACAAUUCUUCAAUACUGUGUAAAAUGAAAUAAAACUAUUUUAUUAGAA